CUUCAAAGCGUUAGUUGGGCAGCUUAUAGGGUUGGGGAUAGGGGAUAAUAUAAAUGGUGACGGUCGGAAGACUUCAACUGAAGGCUUCAAGACACUCUUACCGGCCGUUGAGCAGUCCCGCAUCCAAAACCGAGCCAGGAUGCGCUACGUGUCGUCCCUCAUCGGGGCAUUGCUCCUAGGGGCAACAUCGGUGCUCAGUGCUCCUGGGCUUUAUGAUGAUGCGACACACUCAGCGUCCAAUACCCCCAGAAUCAGCGCACCAGGUGUCCUCACCAAGCGCGCCACCUCAGCUGGCUGCGGGAAAACGCCAACAAUCACAUCAGGCACAAAAUCCAUCACCAUCAACGGGAAGAACCGGCAGUACAUCAUCCGCGUCCCAUCGGGCUACGACAAGAACAAGCCGUACAAGCUCAUUUUCGCCUUCCACUGGGUCGGCGGCACCAUGAACGACGUCGCGGGUGGUGGUUCCGACGGCGCACUGUGGGCAUACUACGGGAUGCAGAAGAAGGCCGCCGAGACAGCCAUCCUCGUUGCACCGCAGGGGUUGAACAACGGCUGGGCGAACAGUGGCGGCGAGGAUAUCGCAUUCGUCGAUGGGAUGAGGAAGGCGAUUGAAAGUGAUCUCUGCGUGGAGACGACGCAGCGAUUUGCAACGGGGUUCUCGUAUGGCGGCUCGAUGAGCUAUGCGAUUGCAUGCUCCCGCGCCAAAGACUUCCGCGCCGUGGCGGUUAUCUCAGGAGGACAAUUGAGCGGGUGCGAUGGCGGCAAUGAUCCAAUUGCGUACCUGGGCAUUCAUGGAAUCAGCGAUGGGACGCUGCCGAUUUCGGGUGGGCGGGGCUUGCGCGACAGGUUCGUUAGGAAUAAUGGAUGCGCGAGUAUGAGUCCACGGGAACCUGCUGCCGGAAGCAAGACACAUGUCAAGACGACGUAUUCCGGGUGCAGAGCCGGAUAUCCUGUUACCUGGAUUGCGUUUGAUGGCGGUCAUGCGCCUGCGCCGGUGGAUGGCGGGGGGGACAGUGGCGCUCGCAGCUAUACUCCAGAUGAAAUCUGGAGCUUCUUUAAUCAGUUCUCUUAG